AUGUCCGACUCAGAAAAAACACCGCUACCUUCAGAAAAGCCCAACGAAGAAUUGCAAGGUGACAUCGGCAACAUCGAUUCCCUCGACAACGACAACUUGGAUCCUUCUUUGGACCCGAUGUUGGACCCGGCCUUGGAUGACAAUUUGGACGACGGCUUGCACAACAUGACCUCCGAGCCCAACGAGUUUUUCGAUAUGGACAUGGACAAGGACGACGAGAAGCUACAACAAGAUGAGCCUGUCAAUGAGGAGACAAAGGCUGAUGAUGAUAAAAAGGAGGAGAAUGGCGCGGAUACAAACACAAACCUAGACAUGGACGUGGAUCUCAACGUGGAAGCCAAGGACCAGGAGUCUGGCGAAACCGAUAAAGAAGCCGAGAAGGCCGAGCCUGAAUCAGCUGCUUCUCCAGCGGUCGAAAAGACCGAAAGCGAAGCUGAGAAGCCUGUUACGACUGAAGGCGAGAAGGAGAGUCGAAAAAAUGCUCCUCGCAUAGAAGACGACGAGCCAGAAAUCAAGCAAGAGCCCGUUGCGACAGUAGAGAAGCAUGAAAGUGACUCAGAGCUUGAGGAAGACGUGUUUGAGAAGUUGGGCGACUCUCGCCACUUGGACACUGACGACAAGUCUCGCAUUCGCCAAACCCACGCCAUAAUAAUCCCCUCCUACGCAUCAUGGUUCAAUAUGAAGAAGAUUCACCAAAUUGAGCGUGACUCGUUGCCUGAAUUCUUCAACACGUCGCAUCCCUCCAAGUCCCCUAAGAUCUACGCCAACUACAGAAACUUCAUGAUCAACGUUUACAGGUUAAACCCUAAUGAGUACUUGACAUUGACGUCCUGUCGCCGAAACUUGGUUGGCGAUGUGGGUACCUUGAUGCGUGUUCACCGCUUCCUCACCAAAUGGGGCCUCAUAAACUACCAAGUGAACCCUCAGCUCAAACCCGCUUACGCUUUAGAGAAAUUGCCUAACGGAUCCCUGGUUGGAUUACCAUACACUGGCGACUUUCAUGUACAAUACGACACCCCCAGAGGUUUGUUCCCAUUCGAUACUUAUAAGGUGAAUCCAGAAAACGUGAAUGCUGGAAAGCUAAAAGCUCUUCUUGCAUCUGACCAAACACUCAAUGGCUCAUCGGAUCACACUAAUGAUAUCCUUACUGAUGGCUUGGGACUAGAUGAUGAACCAGCACUGAAAAAGCGCAAGAUUGAAGACGCGGUUGACGACAAAUGGACCACGGAAGAGCUUUCGCUGCUUGUUCUUGGAAUAAAAGAGGACAGGAAUGACUGGUAUAAAAUUGCGAAGAGAGUUGGCAAUGACAAGACACCUCAAGAAUGUAUCCUAAAAUUCCUCGGUAUGCCUUUGGAAGAUCGGUACAACGCACUCGACACGAAAGACGAAAGCAUAAUUAAAUAUGCCGCGAACUUCCCCGUCUCGUCCAUUGACAAUCCAAUCAUUGGCAAUCUUGUCUUCAUGACAAAUCUCGUCGACGCCGAUGUCGUGAAAGCUGCUACGAAACGUGCUUCGGACUUGUUGGAUCAGAAGUUUUUCGAAAGAGUCGAAAAGGCACAAGCCAUUAAAUCGGAGGCCGAAGACAAAAAGGAGAGCUCAGAGUCCAAUGGCUCUGCAAACAUUGACUCGGUUGACCCAUCCCUCGGCGACGACUUGAAGCAAACUUUCGAAGCGUCUGAAUCGAGCGACAAUAUCAAAGAUGCCGCCACCGGUGUCUUGGGUGCCGUAGGUGGUCGCAGUCAUUUAUUUGCCAACUAUGAGGAGAGGGAGAUGCAGCGCUUGACAUCAAGCAUAUUGAACAAUGAGCUCACGAAACUCGACGUUAAAAUGAACAAGGUUAAUGAGCUCGAAAGGAUUUUCCAGAGAGAAAGAUCAAAUUUGUCACGUCUUCAAAGUGAAAUAUUCUGCGACAGGCUUGCGUUGACAAGAUCUACGGUCAACAUCUCCAAGAAGCUAAAUGAGGCGCUCGAGCUUCUCAAGUCUUCGAAAGCAGAGGAAGGCUCGGUGGCAGAAGACAAGGCACAAAACAUUGAGGGAAUCCUCAAGGAAGCCCAAUCAUUGCUUUAUAAGCCUACGAUACUGGCCUUUGAGGAGAAAGACUCGAAGACUGAGUCGCAAAGUAAGUCUGAAGAAAGUGACGAAAAGGCACAGGCGGCUGAAUCUACGGUCAAGCCUUUGUCUAUAAAGACGCCUCAAUCCUUUAAGGUAGGUAAGUCUGCUAUCAUGAGCAAUUUUGAAGAGUCCACAGGGUUAUUGAGUGAUUUAGAUGAGGGUGACGUGCUGAGCAAUAGCACACCAAACAUUAGCAAAAUAGAAGCGAGUGGAAAUGAAUCUGCCAUCGAGACAGCAGAAUCUGGUGAUAUUAAUGACAUUUUGAAGCAAGAUGAGAUACAGAAAGCAAUUGAUCCUCCAGAGUUAAAGCGCUUUAAUCUAGAUGUUGAAAAUAAGGCAGAAGAAGAAGAGAACGGAACUCAAGAAAGAUCGUUCGAUGAAACUGGCGAGCUUGGCGAGGAAAUCGAAUACUUAUCCAAUGCAGAAGAGGAACAGCAGGAGGAAGCAUGGAAUCACACCCCGCUUGAGGGCGAAAUUUAUGAUGAGGACCAAGAAGAGCAUGACAAGGACCAAGAAGGGUAUGAAGAUGACGCCCAUGACGACAAUGACAACGACAACGACAAUGAUGAUUACGAAGACGUUGAACUAAUCGGCUCAAGGCAGAUAUCGGUGGUCGAAAUUGACAGUGAAGACGAGAUCGAAAAUCUUGAGGAAACCGAAGCUCUUACGAAAGAGGUCAAUGGAUCGCCCAGUACACACGAUCGGGCCCUAUCCCUUCAAAGUCCUAUUAUCGUCGAGGCGGGCGAAGCUAAGUAUCUCUUGGUCGCUGAAUCUGAAGAUGCGGCCGAGUUUCCUCACCUUCAAUGGCUUUUUGAGAGAGAGCAAAUCGAAUCUUGGCUGCUCUUCGACUUCCUCGACGCCCUACGCCAAAGUGAUGUGUUUGAAGAUUUGAGGCCACUAAACGAUGACGAUCUUUUAACUGUAUCGUUUGACAAUGUAUUGACGGUUACGCUAGGGGAUCAUCGUAUUUCUGAUCUCGAUCUUGCGGAGGUGCUACUAACCACGCAAAGUUACGUCAUGAAAAGAAACAAAGAUGAAACUCCACUCACACUAACCCUCAGUCUUGACGAGAGCCCAGUGACAAUCCUUGAUAGACUUUCUCGAGAGGUGGGACGCAAACGCUCCGUGUCUAUGGAUGAGGAAAGAAACGUGAAGCAAUUGCGGCAUUCUAUGGAGUCAUAA